GCCUUCUUGUCUACAGAGUCGACUCCGCCCAGCCAACCCAGACGAGGAUUGUCAACGCAACGGGCAAGCAUACCCCCAGAAAGUCACCGUCUGACCGCAGAAAGUAGAGUGACCUUUGGCCCCGCAAAGUGACCGACGGCGCCAAAAUUAAGUUUCCGCGAACAUAUCAAUCAAUCACUGACAUAAACGACGCACCAUGCCCGUAACUAAUCGAGGUGUAACACAACUUACACCUGACACCACCACCUCAACGUCAACUCACAGCAACUACUUGAACAAGUCGUCUUCCUCCUUUCAGACUCUUCAAGCUGGCCUCGCAAUCUUUGCAGUUGUUGUCAUCGCACGCUUUUGCGUUUUGCGACUCUACCUAUGGUUGCGACAGAUGCGCGGCUUGGAUCAGCAAACCCUACCCAUCUCAUCGUUGUCGCAUACUCGACGACUUCAGUCGCAACCCUUUUGGGCUAUGAACGAGAAGACUAUGACACCGCCUGCUAACCAGGAGGAUAUGGCCCCUGAAAAUAUGUUGCACGCCAAGCAAACAGACAAGAAACUGGCCAUCGACCCCAACUGGCAGAGUACAGACAAUUUCAUGUCCAAACAUGUCAUGUCGCGACCACCUCCUGCACCACCUCUGACGCCGCCUGAGCUGAGCACUGCCGUCUUCACUUUUGAUGACCGCCCACGACCAGGCGAGGAUAGUUUUAUUCGUCAGCCUAACCCCGAUUACAUGUCGUCGACAGCCAACGCUGUUCUGCCUGACAACUCAGCAUCAACCUCGGUCACCCGCCGGCGCUCUUACAACAAGACUCUUCCUAUCGGAGUGCCCGUGUCUCAGUCAUCCCAAGGGAUGUCGGAUGCUGCCGAUCUCACCUUUUCGCCCAGUUCCUACCCACCUGCAAGCCCGUUGCUUCCACCGGCCCCACCAAACGCAGGAACCGUGGAGAUCGGCGUCCAGGGCGAGAUUAUUGGUGUUCUCGACUCCGAAGGCGCCGGAUGGACGAGACAUACGCGUGUCUAUGGCGGCGGUGUCUGCCUUGCGUGUGCGGCCUCCGGUGGCAACCACGGGGGCGGUUUCUAUGGAGCAACGGUCCGGCCUGAGGAGAUGCGAUGACGGGUUGGCAGUUUCGUAAUGACCAUGUGUACUACUGUCAGUUGACUUUUCUGACCGAACAUAAUUGGUACUUUUGGUCCGGCAUAGGGGUCCA